AUGGCUCCCUCUCGAGUCACUGCUACGGCGGCUGCAGGUGUUGCUGCAGUCGUGGGCGGAGCAGCCUUUGUUUCUACCACAUCAAAUGUGUCCACCGGACACUUGCGAGCCAGCCAGGCAGUAGCAUCAUCUGCGACCCCGUCGUCUUCAUCGUCCUCUCGUCCAGGAGUUGAGGCAUCUGUGGUGGUCGCAGGCGCCGCGUUGGCGUUGAUGGGCCGAAAGGCAACUGCCCCCACUGUGAAGCAACUGGUCAGGGCGGCCCAGUGA